AUGUUUUGUUUCGAUUUUAAGGAUCGUUUAUAUCUUGGUACGAACAAUAAUCAUCCAAUGCGUGUUGCAUCUCCGACGCUUCCAUCAACCAUUCCGGACAUGACUACAAUACCUGUAUAUCGUAAUGGUAGAAAGUUUUAUGUCACUGCAGAAGAAUAUGAACGUAUCAAGGCAAGUGAACGAAAACAACGACGCACGGUCGUACAAAAAUCCAAUAAUUUACCGGUACAAAAAUCUUAUAGUACGAAUCAUAUGCGUUCCAGAGCGGGAGGAGGAGGAGUUGAUCAUCAUCAUCCCAGAGUUGGUCUUCAAAGAGUUGUUUCCCAUGCAACAAAUGGAACAUCGGAUAAUACUUAUGGAUUUUCAACUAAUAAGGGCAAUUCUACGACAAUUUUAUCUCCAACGACAAUGAAACGAACGAUAACGCCUUCUACACUAUUGACACCAUCUAGUAUGUCAAGACAAUCUCGAUCAACAUCAAGAAAUGAUGAACAAAAGCCGUACUCUCCUUCAAACGGGCGAUCAAAUUCUUCUGACAAGAUAUUAGCGAAUCGUUCUCGUAUAUCAUCUCCAUCACGAACAUCGUUCGAUGAUGACUCAAAAGCGAAUGUUUCCAGAGCAUUUUCUCCAAGAUCACAGACAUAUGCUUAUAAUCGAUCAGACAAACCUCAAAAAUAUCAAAUGACACCGAACAAUAUUAAUAGUAAUAACAGGUUAACAAAUUAUUUUCCACACGAUUUUAAUCAACAUUCUCAAAACUCUGAGAAUAAUCAAUAUCAGGAAAAUAGUGAUCCACAUCAUGAUGAUAUUUUAAAAAGAUCGAUAUCACCCGAACUGUUAACUCCGAUUCCUCAUCAAUAUGGUAUUGCACCAAUUAAUACGUUUUCCAUUGUGCCAUUGGACAAACGAUCAAUAAUUACCGAUCAAAUUUACAUGCCAACUAAUUCAAAAUCCUUAAAUACAAAUCAGUUACCAAAAGGUUUUGUUAGUAGAAAUUUCGAUAUAGAACUAGAGUCUAAUCGGAAAUCUACCUUGCCGAUUAGUUCUGCCAUGGGUUCCAUGUAUCAGACAGGCAUUCGCGGUGUCGAUCAUUCGUACAGUAUAUUCGGUCAAUCAAACCAAUUUGAUGAUGAACCAUCACCCAAUCAUAAUUUUAAUAUAAAUAGACAAGGCAUUACAGGAUUUUUGAACGAUCGUUUCAUAUCGUAUUCAGAUGAUAACUCAUCGAUCAUAAAACGAGAUGACGAUAAUCACAAACAAGUGGCAUAUUUGUCGAAUGAUGACGAAAGACCGGCGAGUCGAGGGCGAGGUAUGGAAUCACGAUCAACAGUAAGAAGUCAUUCAAGUGAUGGACUUACCGAAAAGAAGCGCGUUCGAUUCGCCGAUACUGUUGGUCUUAAUUUAGAAACAGUGGAUCGUGUUUCACGUCGAGAUAGUGGAGCAAGCAGUGAUGGUGAACAACAGUCAUAUAAACCUAAUUUUAAACAACAACAUCAGCAGCAGCAACAACAACAUUACACACGUUUACUAUCAAGAAGGCCACACGUAACAAUGAAUGACAGAACAAAAGCAUCACAAAUUCAGCAUUCAACAAACAACAAUUUUCAAAAAUAUAAGAUAUCAAAAAAUAAUGCUGGUUCAUUAGUGACCGACGUUUAA